AUGACUUACAAUCUUCACGAUGCCACUGUCCCCCUCCUCCUCGCGGGUCUCAAGACGCUGCUCAACCUCUUGAGCAAGGCCGAGGCCUAUGCGGCGGAAAAGUCCAUCGCCGCCGACUCGAUCCUCGGGUGGAAGCUCGCCGACAACAUCGACAUGCUCCCCUUCUCGUUCCAGUACUUCGUCGCCGCCGACUGCGCCAUGAAGAUUGUCACCCGCGUCCAGGGCACCGAGCCCCUGGCCUGGGGCAAGGACUUUGCCGGCCUCGGCGACCUGCGCAAGCGCGUCGAGGAGACCAUUGCCCUGGUCGAGGCGGCCGACCCCAAGACCUUCGAGGCCCGCACCGACGCCCUCGUGCCCCUCGGCCUCGGCUCCGGCAAGGGCGAGAUGCAGAUCCGCGCCCGCGACUACGUCGUCGCCUUCGGCAUGCCCAACUUCUUCUUCCACAUCCAGACGGCCUACUGCAUCCUGCGCGCCAAGGGCCUCGAGCUCGGCAAGAGCGACUACCUCACCCCUUUCAUGGGCCCCUUUGUCGAGGCGCACCAGAAGCAGCAGCAGCAGUAA